AUGGACUACCAACAUGUUCUGGUCUAUUUCAUGUGGACUUUCACUGCAGUUUCUGCACAGGAUGUGAAAUAUUUCCUGAAGGGUCAGGACAUACACUUGAUGCCAUCCAUCUCUGAACAACCUAUUGAAUUUAUCUGGCUACAUAAUGAAAAUGAUGUGGUAUUCUUUACUGGCACGGAGGACAUUGUAAAUUCUUCAUACAAGAACAGAAUCACUCUGGACCGGGUCUCUGCAGAACUCACCAUCAAAAACGCCACAUAUGAAGACAGUGGAGUCUAUCUCCUAGGAAUGAACAUACACAACAAGCCUGAUACUUUCCAGUGUACAAUUGAAGUUGUAGACAAAGUAUCCAAACCCAACAUAUCCUGUGAGAUGAGCGACACAAAGCAGGCGACACUUGUGUGCUCAACAGAGUCCAAACAUCCUCAUUUAUUAAAGUUUAAGUGGAGCUCAGCAGGAAAGGAGCAGACUGGACCAAAUUUAACAAUAACUGUCAGGAAUGAAGAUGAUGAUCACGUUUAUCGUUGUGAUGUCAGCAACCCUCUGACCAAUGAAAAGGCUUCAUUCACCGCUAAGGACUGCUUCCCGGGUAAAAGAUCAGAUGCUCUACUGAUUUUCAUGUUAGUCUGUAUCUUCAUUCUGGUCAUCAUCGUGUGUUGGGUUUUAUACAUACAAUGUCAAAAUCUAAAAGUGUCCAAAGAGCGUGAUGAAAACACAUCCUUCUUAGACCAAAUACUCACUCUUCCCUCCAUUAAGAAUAAUAUAAAUGAAAAGUGGAACUCAGGAUUGAACGUGUUGACUGAGGAUGAGAAGAUGGAUACAGAAGGAGCCAUGCUACUCACUGCUCCUGUUCAUGCACUUCAUUCCUCUUCAACAGACAUAAACACUAUCACUGAACUUUCAGAAACCAGCAAUGAUCAGCAAGUUCAUCUGAAAAAUUCAGAGGAAAAUGUGACAAAAGAUGACUUUCUGAAUCCAGCGACACUGAGUGAUUGGGGAGGCAAAAAACAUGAGGGACAAAGCAACACUUGGACAGGAACCAGUUCUACAUAUCCAUCCAUCCAUCCAUCCAUCCAUUUUCUACCGUUUGUUCCUCUAAAAGUCGCAGGAGAACCACCAAUACUUGCCAGUGUUGUACCAUUCAGCCAAUCCAAUGUAACCUGCCAUACCUGUCAACCUGCCUACUAA